AUGUCAACUGUUACAGAAAAAAAUGGUUUGAAAACGCCUGGAGCUUUUGCCAAGGAUCAGGAGCAACCAAUAUCGUGGGACACGGAAGGCAUUGUCAUUGAAAGCAUGCAGUCUAUUGGCCAAACCGAGAAUAUUGUGACAGAAAACGCUGAAGCAUCCAUCUCUGAUGCUUCUGAAGAUGCAGAUGAUGAAAUGAGCUGGCUAGCGAAGGUUUUUGAUCCAACAGUACAAAAGAUUGAAGAUUGGGAACAAGAUUGGGACACUGAUUCUGAGUCAGAAUGA